AGCUCUUUCUAGAGCAUGCUGCUAACAAAGACAAAUCACUUUUAUUGCAGCUUCUUCACCCAGAUUGUACAAACCCACAACUCUAUUAGCCGCCCACUAACCAGCUCAUCAUGCGCUGUUCUGCCAAGUUAUCCAUACACAUCUUGGACUGUGACUUUAUGCUGCUGGCUGUGUUCAAGUUCACUAUUACAUGUGUUUUUAUUUAACAAAUGUCUGAGCAGUUCUUCAUCUGUAAUUGAAUAAAUUCCCUUGUGCUUGCUGUGUGCCAACUAAGUGACAGGAGCAUGAAAAUAUGAGACGUUAAUGAAUUAACCUGCAAUUAGUCUUCCCACUGUUGUUAUGAGGGAUGCAAAGGCUUUAAAAGCACAGUGUAGUGAGUGCAGCUGCUGGAGUAUCAUCAUCAUUUAUACUGCACGCCUGAGAAGAUGAUUGAUUUUAUGUAAAUGAGCACAACGCACAACUUGAAUUAUAGUAAUUUGUACACAAGUUGCUGCAGACAAUUGUAUUUAGAGGCAGAAAUGACCUGAUAUUUACUGACAAUAAUGUUGCUUUCCCAUCAGCGUAAUAGGAAGAAGGAUUUACCCAAAACACAUCAGCUGAGACUCAAUUCAAAAUGACGUUUCUACCACUUAAAAUAAUCUCUGUCAAAUGAACCUUUCCAGCAACGGCGGCGGGUAAGCCCGUUGCAGGCCGUGAGUUUACUGUGUGUGGUUGUGCAGCAUUUUGAAUUAAAAGCUCUGUGUCAUCAGUAUUACUGCACAGCGCUUUAACAGUUUUGUAUUUUCAGCAGAUUCCCUAAAACACAAAACUCAUCCUCUGUGAUUGGUCGUGGCUCAGCAUGCUCCAUUGUUCCCUCAGCCCGUUUGUUCGCUUGGUUUCCUAUGCACAAACAAAACUUUCCUGCCUGCCCCGCACAAUAUUGGGCUCCUCUGUGCUUUGACAACCCGAAAUAUUGGAAUCUCUGACUUUUUCUGAGGGAAAAAAGAUAAAGUCAGUGUUUUUUUAGCAGGAUGUACAGCUUCAUGGGAGGUGGGUUGUUCUGUGCCGGAGUCGGGAACAUACUCCUCAUUGUCUCCACGGCAACUGACUACUGGAUGCAGUACCGUCACUCCAGCAAUUACAUGCACCAGGGCCUGUGGCGGUACUGUGUGCCCGGGAAAUGCAUGACACACACAGACAGCAUCGCGUACUGGGAUGCCACCAGAGCCUUCAUGAUUCUCUCCCUGCUGGCUUGUUUCAUUGGCAUUGUGAUCGGCGUCAUGGCCUUCAUCCACUACUCUUCCUUUGACGGGUUUGACAAGACAUUUGCAGCCGGCAUCCUCUUCUUCAUCUCCUGUGAGCUCCUCCGCCAUAGCUACAUUGCAAGCCUCUCCACUGUAGUGAACACCUUUUUACCAGCUAAACCUCAUGAUUGUAUCUCCUCUGUAGCCUUCUUUGUGUUGCUGGCCAUGGCUGUCUACACAGGAGUGACAGUGAACUACUACGGUAAACGCUAUGGCAGCUGGCGAUUCUCCUGGUCCUAUAUAAUGGGCUGGGUGGCAGUGGUGCUCACAUUCUUCUCAGGUAUCUUCUACAUGUGUGCCUACCGGAUGCACGAAUGCCCAAGAAACUCUAACUCACGCUGACCUGCCAAAGACAACACAUACAUCAGCACUGGUCCAUCAUAUACGGCCAAGAGGAACCAAUACCCUGUCAACUUUCCAACUACUUCCUGAAUAUUCAUGAAUAAGCAAAAUAAAUGAGAAAAAAAGAACACGUUUGUUGUUUGUAUUGUCUCUACAUUAAUUGGAGUAAAUGAAAUACAGUACAGUAGAGCUGCACACUUAUGCAUGAGAGCAGAAAUGGUGCUUGAUGUUCUAGGGAUAAGCAAAUGAAAUGGUAUGGCAUGGUUACAAUGCUAUAAAUAAACAUAUCUGAGGCACAGAUUAAUAAAAAGUGUUGGUGUACUGUACAACUACUGACAACAGCACAAAUGACCACUUUAAAAACUAUUAGACUCAACAUCAUACAGUAAAGUACUGUAAGG